AUGUUCUCCUACAACGCCAAAGACGAUGGUUGGGUUGAUAUGGAGAUUUUCUCCAACACUAGCGAGAAACCAGCCAAUAACUACAUUGCUGUUGGAUUUUCGGAGGACGAAGAAAUGGGAAGCGACUGGGUGACGCAGUGCGUGUUUCCCAAGGAAGGAAAACCAACUGCUCAUUUCAGUUAUAAUGUUGGCAAAAGUAACACACCAGUCUCUGAUCCAAUGGAUAUGAAAGCUGAAGAAGAAAAUCUGAAGCUUGUUCAUGCUCACAAAGGAGAUGACGGCUUGUAUUGCCAUAUUAGGCAAAAGAGCGCCUCGGGUGAAAGUAAGUUCGUU